UGGGACUCGAUGAGAGUCACCAAGAAAUGGGAAGCGUCUGUGAUCGACUAGUCAAUUUCCCCUUCUCAGGCUUGGGCUUCUGUGAGUACGGUGAAUAUACAUGGGAGCAUGAAUGCUAAUGAUUGUAUUUUCCCUAUAUAAGGCAGCGCCAAAGGAUUCUCCUGGGAGCACCAACCAACAUGCGACGGAAGCGCCGAGCAGUCGCCGUUGAAAAGGCAAUGAAACACCGAGCUGCGAUGAGAGACAAAGAAAGCGCAACAGUUUGUGCCAGGAUGAAGAUGAAUGGAUAUUGUGGCUCAAUAGAACAUUGAAUGUGUUUCAGGUCCGACUCCUGUCUAUUAUGCUUAUUGUCGUUGUCUGACAAUACGCUUGGGGUUCUUUCCUGACAUUUUGUGGAGCGCCAGGACAUAUCAAUAAGGCUCCGGAGGGUAUGCCCUGGUUGAGUUAUGUUGACCUCAUCUCUUCUUUAACCCUCAGGAUAACCUUGACUUUGUCGCUCUUUCUUUCUCCCCCUCCUUGAGUAUCCGAACACAGUCUGCUGCUGGUCAGCCCUCACAGCCGCGCUUCCACCUUCCUUAUUAUCAGUUUCUCUCUACAAUCUCGCACGAGUACCAUUCUUUGAAUACACUGCUAUAAGGCCCUUGGUACAGCUUUGCAUAAGUUCGAACGGGCAGGUACAGGCAGCUUUUCUUCAUUGUAAUACUGGAUUUAUGAUGGCUUCGUUAAAAGAAUCUUUGGCAGGCCCAGGAUUUGUGAUUCUUAAUGCGAUUCGGGUCUUGAACAUAAUCGCCCUGUUAGACAUCAUUGCUGCCUGCACGGUGAUGCUGGUGAAGAUCUCGCUGCUGAGCAGCUUCUUUUUCUUCGAGGCGGCAUCUCAUGUCAUGACCGCCGGAGUUAGCAUAAUCCUUAUAAUCUCAGAACUUCCUUUUUUCCGCGGUUAUUUUGAUCACAACUGGCCCCUGUUGGGUCAGGAUUCUGGGUUCAUCACCCUGGCACUGGCGUUGCUGAUACUUGGAGUCAGUAUUUUGGGCGACUUGAACACGGAGGCCACAAGCCAGGAGUCCCUUGGAAUCUCGUUCUGGCAAAUUGUCCUCUCUGCUGGGAUAUUGGCCAUGAUUAUGAGCGCUAUUAAUCUGGUCGCGAGCUUUGUCUUCGCCGAUCGCAAUAGCGGUGUCACUGCACGCCAUGUCCGGGUGUAUGGAGCAGUUGCACCACAGAAAGUGGUCAAGCGAACUGACAGCCAACGGUCGUUUCAGCUCUGCAUGAAGCGAGAAGAUACGCUGCCAAAAUACAGUACAGAGUCAACCCCAAGGAGACAAUCGGCCAUGCCCCGGUUUCCGCUGAAGAUAAACGGACUCCUAAACACGGACGACGCAGCGUCAUCAAAAUACUCGAGAGAUUCAUCAGGCGUUGCUAUCCCCAACUUAGCCCAUCACCCGGCGAUGCAGUCUGGGCAUGUUUAAUUUGAUUCUCUUUGGACCAGAUGACUAAAACCUUUCGUUAAGCGGAUGAAUGAUACCUCUGAAUUUUGUUAUAAAGCGUGGAUUGUUCUUAAGAAGUUAGUGACCGAAUUCAUUUGGAAUAUCAUGCGUUCUAUACUGCUUCUUCGCCUUUUGUAGUUGUACUUUAGCUUGCUAGUGUUGUACCUCUCAGGGCUUAUGAUCUUGUAGCAAUGAAAAUGUUAAGGGUAUGUAUGAUCAUCGUCGGACCAUGAGAACAUGAUAGGCCUUAGGAAUCAUAUGCAUGGUCAUGGCUACACCGUUCUGUCCAUCGUAAGGGGUAGUGACGUGGAAAGUACAAGUAAAUUUCCA